AUGAAAUUCAUUCUAUUGAUGUUAUUUCUUGUCACCAUAAUAGGGGCCACUAAGGAUUUAUAUGAUAUUCUAGGAAUUUCAAAAGAUGCAUCAGAGAAGGAAGUUAAAUCAGCGUUCAGGCAGCUCAGUAAAAAGUUUCAUCCAGAUAAGAAUCCCUCACCUGAAGCAGAUGAAAUAUUCAUUGAAAUAAAUGAAGCAUAUGAAAUAUUAUCAAAUCCUGAGAAGAAAGCAAAUUAUGAUAAGUUUGGUGAUCCCGAGGGUCCACGUCAACAUGGAGUUGAUUUUGGUGACAUAUUUCACCAAUUCUUCGGCGGUGGGCAGCAACAGCGAGGACCACGUAAAGGAGAAGAUACCCAAGCUAAUUUACAUAUUGGAUUGCGUGACUUUUACAGUGGGAAGGAUAUCGAGUUUGAUGUGGAGAUGUUAAAUAUUUGCGAACAUUGUAAAGGUACGGGAUCAGAAGAUCAACAAACCCAUACAUGUUCGAAAUGUGGAGGACAUGGAAUGAUUCAAAUGAGACGUCAAUUAGGGCCAGGUAUGAUUCAGACUUUCAAUACUCAGUGCGAUGAAUGCGGUGGACUGGGUCAACAGAUCAAAAACAAAUGCCAAAUCUGUCACGGAGACGGUACAAAACCGACAUCAAGACACUACAACAUUUAUAUACCACCUGGUUUCAAAAGGGAUGAUCAUCAUAUACUUGAGGGUGAAGGUGAUCAGAAUCCGAGCUGGGUGCCAGGUAAUCUAAUUAUUGCAAUUAGAGAGGAUUUCAAAGAUAGCUGGGGUUACCGUAGGACGCAAGAGAACUUAUAUAGAACAGAAGUGCUUACGUUAAAAGAAGCAUUGAACGGGGGAUGGGAGAGAAUAGUACCAUUUUUUGACAGUGUAGAAAAUGAAUUGGUGCUUAAAAGAGAUCCAGGAGUGGUGACAAUUGAUGGUGAAUAUGAGGUAAUAAAGGGCAAAGGAAUGCCUAUACUGCACCACCUGGACAUCCAUGGUGACUUAUACAUUGAAUAUAAGGUCAUUUAUCCACUUGACAGUCGAAAGACCCGUAAUGAUGAGUUAUAG